AUGCUGAGUGAAGCACCAGAAACGGAACCUUCGUCGGAGUCAUUUACCUCCUUCUGUGCACUUCAUUCUGCUCAAAAUCACCGGCUUACUUCUGCGCUUAUGGAACUGCUUCUACUUCUACUGGAGUCACAGAAGGACAUGAAUGUCAAGCCUCCGACUGGUUUCGAGCAUAAUUCAUUCCCUCUCUUCAUUGCAUCGAUAUCAACUUCAAGGAUGUUCGUGUCAUCUCCUUUAUCAUUUAUCCAAAACCAGUGCUACGACCUACUCACUUCCAUUACGGAUUUGGCGACUGUACCUGAUCUGGGAAACCAUUUGCAAAAGGCGUACAAGCUGUACAAUCUCAGUCAGGGUCUUUCAUCCAGUUUAUACCAGUCGCUAUGCGGUAUGAUGAGUCUUGUAACGGCAUUGGAACUUCUGGGGUACAGCAUACGAUACAGA